AGGAGGAGGAGGAGAAUAAGUAAGAAGAAAGAUAAAACUUUACUUGGUUCAGAAAAAGUUUUCAGAAGUUAGUUGCCCGUAAGCUUCCCUGCACGUCAGCCAGGAGACGUAAUUCGUCUGUGAGAGAGGAUUUUUUUUUUUAUAAUUUUAUCUCCCUCUCUCUUUUAAAACAAAACAAAUAUAUAUAUAUAUAUAUACUAAAAAGUACAAGAUUGUGCGGGUGGGUGCCAGGAAGUCAGUGAAGUCAAGUCAUCCAGCCAAACAUGUUGGGACGGCUACCACUGCCGUCUGGACUUGUCACGACGAAUAUCGCUCUUAUCAGCUCACACCACCACGACACUUAUUGCCACCAUCUCAACCACCACUACUGCCUCUUCUAAAACUUACUCGGGGUACUUAAAACCAGCACACACAUAUAUAAAAAAAUACAAGUCUUGUAUUCACUCUACUUGUACGCAUCGUUGUGGGCUUUUUUUUUUACUCUACACACAAGACAUACUUUGUAAAUUUACCUUUCUGUGUCUUACCUAUCUUAUUUGCCAAAUUGGAGUUCCAUUUUUAUGUGCAUUUAUAGUUGAAUCAAAACCUAUUCAUAAAAAUAACUACUUGAUUUACUGGAUCCACCUACUAAACCUUGUGCGUUGGCGUGGUCUGAGAAUUAUUAUUAUUUUUUGCGAUCACUUUCACAUAUUUUACCACAAUAUGUUAUUUGAAAAGGUUAAUGUCAUCAUGAACCGCUUAGAAUUUGUCUUGAUGCUGUCGAUAGCAUGUACACUUGCUGCACAUAAUCACUGUCCACCAAACACUUACUUCAAUACGACAUUUAAAAAAUGCAUUAACUGUUCAACUUGUCCCGACAAUGAGAUAAUCCGCAGCCCCUGCAGUCCUUACGAAGAUCUCUCCUGUGGGCCAUUUGUGGAGUUCAAUCGUUUUGUAGUCGGUGACAAACAUAAACAGCAAAACAAAAGCAGGGGACAUCAUCCGUACUGGAAACCCGAUCCACACAAACCAGUGAUACACCAUGAUCCGAAUAUUGAUUACGCGAAACCUCGGAUGAACCAACCUGCUCUAGUAACAACUAUCAAUCAGGAUACAACCCCUUGGAAAACUAUUGCUCUUUCUUUGAUUAGUAUCAUUUGUACUAGUGUGGUUUUACUACUAGUUGCUGUGAUAGUUGUGCACUUUUACAAAAAGAGAAAUUCUGGUUAUGAUAAAGAAGUCAUAUAUGACACUAAUGAGUCUGGUAUGACUGAGGUCUGCUACAGUACAUUGGCCCUUGAUUACAUGCAAAAGACAAGACCUUCAUCUGCAUUAUGGAUGUACACACCAGCCUACCAUAAAUCGCAAGACCUUCUACUUAACCAACAUUCAGAACCAGAAGUAUCGGCACCGUUUGCAAAUAACACUGAAGGCACAGAUGAAUGUACAGAAAAGGAGCAUUGCACUGCUUCUUCUUGCACACAACACAAUAGAGACAGCAAUGUUGUAGAUUAUGGCCACCAGCCUCAUCAGUAUGCGAUGACAAACCCUCCUAGUUUCCCAUCUUCCAACAACACUAACAGCCGCAGUCAAUCGUUAUGCAGCUGCAACAACCAUUUCCCAGACUAUGUAUUUUUCAAUCUUGCACAAAAUGAGUAUUUGGAAAAAUAAA